AUGACGUGUAGCCGUUCCAGAAUGAAAAGUGCGGGGCAUAUUUUAUAUAUUGAUGCAUACGACUCGUUUACUGGUAAUAUCGUUGAUUUGAUCGAAUGCACGUUAGAUGUUGUGGUUACGAUUGUGAAGAUCGAUAGCAGCUGGCCAGUGGACAAGGAAGCCUUUCUUAGCGGAUUCGAUGCGAUUGUCGCUAGCCCCGGGCCGGGAACUGCAACAAAUCCGAAGGAUGUGGGCAUUAUGAGUGACAUAUGGGAGCUGGAUAAUAUUCCUGUUUUCGGUGUCUGUCUUGGAUUUCAAAGUCUCUGCGUGAAAUUUGGUGCAUCCAUCCGCAAGCUCCCCGAACCCCGUCAUGGUAAAGUGGUUUCGUUUACGCAUUCCGGAACGGAUAUCUUUGAUAGCUUGCCGGCGAGUUUUGAGGUUACACUAUAUCACUCAUUGCAAGUGGAUUUGGGGCAUGAGGUGGAAGCGUCCGGGGAUGUCGCUGACAAUCUGAUACCUCUCGCGUGGUUCCGUGAUAGUGCGACGCCUGGUGAAGCCAACGCGAUGGCUGUGCGCCAUCGCAACAAGCCUUUCUGGGGUGUUCAGUUCCACCCUGAAUCGUGCAAGUCUGAUCCAGCCUCUCGUAAGAUGAUCAAGAACUGGUGGACGUUUGUGCUUGAGCAUAACCGCCAGUUUCGCAGGAUCAACAGGGGGUUGGUGGAAAUUCAUGACCCUCUAGCUGUAAGCGAUGUACUUCUCGAGACCGGUGAUGAGAUCCUCGAGUGGUGCAGUUCGUCGAUAAGCACGUCAUCAUAUCGAACUCUCGACCGUGGCUCCCUGACAAUAGAGGAAAUAUGCGAAGUUGUCGAUAUCCCAAAAUCACCAUGUGUCGUUCUAGAUUCAAACGCGAGAUACAACAUUAUUUCCGUUCUCGGCCCUGGCUCAUGGACACUCGAGUACUCGCUUUCCACACGGAAAAGCACUAUCUCUCGCCUAUGCGGUUCAAUGUCAAGCAAGGAAUACUGCCAUGAACAUUCCCAUGUUUGGGAACUUUUGACUCGCAUCCUCUCUAAAAAGAAAGUUCUGACAGGAUGCAGUUCUCUACCUUUCUGGGGCGGUUUUAUGGGCUAUCUCUCUUACGAAAUGGGCCUUGCGGACCUGGAUAAAGAGGCUACUCCGAUAACUACGGUCAACGACGGCACCAGGGACGUAGGUCUCCUAUGGGUUGAACGAAGCAUUGUGGUCGACCAGGAAACACAGAAAAUUUACGUUCAGUCAAUACGAGAGUUUGAUGAGCGGCCGGGUGAAUGGAUUGAUAUUACCGUGAAUCGGCUUAUUGGACUCACGGAUAAAAAAUCAGGGGACGAUAUCGCCUUUAAUCUCACAGCUGCUUCCAAUCAUAUUGCGGGAGAUAGCAACAACGUCCCACGAAUGAAGUAUUCCGAUGAGCAACUGGGCGAAAUAAUGGUCAGAGGAUCUAAAAUCAUCAAGCCUAACGAACAGGUCUACAAGGAGAAAAUCGCAAAAUGCCAGGAAUAUAUUCGUGACGGCGAGUCGUACGAACUUUGCCUGACGGAUCAAACGAGUGUGGUUCUUCGCCCGUGCCAAUCCCUUCUGGAGGAAAACAUCCGCCCCUGGAUUUUGUACAAGCGACUCCGGAAAUAUACGCCGGCAGCUUAUGGGGCGUUCGUGAGAAUCGGGAAUGCCGCAAUAAUAAGCAGGAGCCCUGAAUGCUUUCUUGAAUAUGACAGGAAUUGCCAAAUCGACAUGAAGCCGAUGAAGGGUACAGUCAAGAAAAGCGAAGACAUGACGUUGGAAAAGGCCAGGGAAAUUUUAAACACGCCGAAAGAGAUGGGUGAGAACUUGAUGAUUGCAGACCUGGUGCGACAUGACUUGUUCAAUGUGUGCAACUCUGGUGGCGUCACUGUUCAUAAAUUGCUUGAAGUGGAAGAUCAUCCUCGGGUCUACCAGCUGGUCACCCAUGUUAAAGGUAUUCCGCAGUCUGUUCCGCUAGCUGGGAAGACGCGGGACUCUAUUCAGUUAAAAGAAAAGGUCAACCCGCAUGAUUACUGCGCUCUUCGGCAAUGUCUACCCCCCGGGUCCAUGACCGGUGCGCCGAAGAAACGGUCGUGUGAACUGUUACGGAAGAUUGAAGGGGAGAAACGAGGCAUCUACUCGGGAGUCAUGGGCUACUUUGACGCUGGGGGUCGGUCAUGUUUCUCUGUCAUCAUCCGCACGGCUUAUUGCUGGAUUAACCCGGCGACUAAGGAAGAGGUGUGGCGCAUUGGAGCCGGGGGAGCAGUCACAGCACUCAGUACACCAGAGGGGGAAUGGGAUGAAAUGAUCACAAAGCUGGAUACGGUACUGGGAAUAUUCCACGGUUCAGCAGAGGCCGAUGAAAAUGCGGAUGGCGGUGGGGCGCUGCUGGAGUUGAACGCCAUAACAACGAUUCAGGGCGAGGACGAUGAUUCUUUGGCGCUUGCCAACCAGAGUAGCCCCACGACGCUUGUCAGUAGAGUUCAGUGA